AUGGCCGCCCAGGCUUGUCAAAAAUGCCGCAACCGCAAGAGCAAAUGCGACGAGCAAUGGCCCAAAUGUGGGCUAUGUCAGCGCCUCAAUGUGGAUUGCGAGUAUCAAGAGCCUUUGCCAACGAAGAAAGACAAAACCAUUGUGCACAUCCUAGACACCUUGACCCGAUUGGAGAACAAGUUCGACAAUAUGGCCAUUACACAAGGAAGCAGUCCGGACUUGAACUCAUCUGGCGCCCGUGCUUCGGUGGGUGGGACGUCGUCGGUGUCGCUCGACAAGGCCUCACGAAGCGAGACUGGACAGCGGAAUACAGAAGGGUCGGCUUCCAGCGCCAAUGUGCAAAAGUCUUAUCAGCACCUCACGUACGUCCUCCAAGAAGGAACGCCAUGGUUCAUCAAGCGAGAGAUGAGCAAGCAUCCUGAUCCACUACCAUCGGACGUUGGGUUGCAGUGCUUCACGAUGGCCAUUGGAUAUACAAAGCAAGGCAGAGCUUCAAGUGUUGUAUUUCCGACUCUCGGUGUUCAGCAAAUACAAGAGCUUUCCGACGCCUACUUCAACACAUUCAAUGUUCUCUAUCCAGUCCUCAAUCGAGAGGCAUUCAUGAACGCUACUGUGGCGAGACUCUUGCGGGACGGCUACGGAGACGGCGAUUCCGGCAGCGUUCUGGCUCUUCUAGUCUUCGUCACGGGAAGAGACAUAUGA